CCCCAGCCAAAAAAGCCAAUCCACACCGACAUCAUUCCACCGACUAUUCAAUCCAACCUCACCCUCAAAACGAGAAAAGAAGCAUGGAUAACUCCACUCCAAACCCCGAUUUCUCCGACUUCUCCGACAAGGACAAGAAAGAUCUCCAAAGUUUCAUUGAAAACGAGCAACAAAAGGCGAAAUUCCAAGCCAAUGUGCACAACUUAACAGACUUGUGCUGGACGAAAUGCAUUACGGGGAAAAUCUCCGGCGCGACGGUUGACCGCAACGAGAAUUCUUGCCUGGAGAACUGUGUUAAUCGCUUCAUUGACUCGCAGAAGACUAUUGUUCGGCAGUUGGACGUUAUGGGCGGGAGAGCUUAACUUAGCCCGGUCCGAAGGUACCAAGGAGUAUACAAGUAGUCACGGAGUGGGAGGGGGAAAGUAAUUCGAGAGGCAGAAAUAUCUCAA